AUGUCAAGUGAACUUGAAAACUUAAGUGAUAUUUUAGAGUUACCUUUUGUAUUGUUUGGCGAGUCAAUAGAAGAAAUGCUCCCAGAAUCUCUUAGACCAACACUCAUUGAAGCAGUUUGUUUACCUUCAAUCAAUUCUUCGCUUCCGAAUAAUGAACUAUAUCAGAUGGAAAAUGCAUCAACUAACGAUAGAGAAUUUUUGGAUAUAUCGUACAAUAUUGGACCUGGAAUUAGCAGCUUAGAUAUAGAAAAUACACCAAUAGUUCCAAACUCUAUUAAAAGUAAUACAAUUAAAGAACAAAAUUGUAUUAAAAAUAAUACAAACGAUGUAGAUUCAAAUGCAAAUUUUAUAAAAUUAAUGAAUGCAGAGGAAGAACUUAAAGAAUUGGAAAAAGUAAAACAACGAUUAAGAAAUGAACAUCUUCAAUUGAAAAAGAAAAAUGAGGAAAUCAAAAGAGAAAUUAUCGAGUUUGUGAAAAUAAACAACAUCCAAUUCGAUGCAAAUAUCAUUAAGAAGAUUCUAAAACGGAAGAAUUUAGCAAAAAUCAAGUCAUUAACAAGUAUUUCAUCACCAGCACCAAGUCCAUCGACGUGCAGUUCUGAUAAUCCAAAAAAUUCCAGAGGUCGUCCAAACAAAGAACUAUAUAAAGCCACUAUAGAGCUUGAAGAAGUGAAACCAAAAUUGAAUCAAAAAGAGUUUAAAAUUGCAUCAAACAAUCUAGCAUCAAUCAAGUCUCGAAAGAAUAAAAACAAGAAACUAAAUGAAUUGUGUGCUGAAGAACAAAUGUUGACUGAAUUGAGAAAAGAUCUUAACAAAAAAUAUAGAAGAAAUAGGAAUGAGAUAACAAGAAUUAUGAAAUCAGCUAUUAAAAUUGCCAAUAAGCUAUAAUAUUG